UCCUCCUCCUCCUCCUCCUCCCGGCUCGCCGGCGGCGCAGAGCAGCGGCGGCAGCGGCGGCGGCGGCAGCAGCCACCCGAUGUCUUCGGCGCCCGAGAAGCAGCAGCCACCGCACGGCGGCGGCGUUGGCGGCGGCGGGGGAGGCGGCGCGGCCAUGGACCCCGCGUCGUCCGGCCCCUCCAAGGCCAAGAAGACGAACGCCGGCAUCCGGCGCCCGGAGAAGCCGCCCUACUCGUACAUCGCGCUUAUCGUCAUGGCCAUCCAGAGCUCGCCCACGAAACGCCUGACGCUCAGCGAGAUCUACCAGUUCCUGCAGAGUCGCUUCCCCUUCUUCCGCGGAUCCUACCAGGGCUGGAAGAACUCAGUGCGCCACAACCUCUCGCUCAACGAAUGCUUCAUCAAGCUGCCCAAGGGCCUCGGGCGGCCGGGCAAGGGCCACUACUGGACCAUCGACCCGGCCAGCGAGUUCAUGUUCGAGGAGGGCUCCUUUCGGCGGCGGCCGCGCGGCUUCCGAAGGAAAUGCCAGGCGCUUAAGCCUAUGUACAGCAUGAUGAACGGGCUCGGCUUCAACCACCUCCCGGACACCUACGGCUUCCAGGGCUCAGCCAGCGGCCUCUCGUGCCCACCCAACAGCCUGGCGCUUGAGGGUGGCCUGGGCAUGAUGAACGGCCACUUGCCUGGCAAUGUGGACGGCAUGGCCUUGCCCAGCCACUCGGUGCCCCACCUGCCCGCCAACGGCGGCCACUCGUACAUGGGCAGCUGCGGCGGUGCGGCGGCCGGCGAGUACCCGCACCACGACGGCUCGGUGCCCGCCUCCCCACUGCUGCCCGCCGCCGCCGGCGGCGUCAUGGAGCCGCACGCCGUCUACUCGGGCUCAGCGGCCGCUUGGCCGCCGUCGGCCUCUGCAGCACUCAACAGCGGCGCCUCCUACAUCAAGCAGCAGCCCCUGUCCCCCUGCAACCCUGCGGCCAACCCCCUAUCCGGCAGCCUUUCCACACACUCCCUGGACCAGCCCUACCUGCACCAGAACAGCCACAACGCCCCGGCUGAGCUGCAAGGCAUCCCGCGGUAUCACUCGCAGUCGCCCAGCAUGUGUGACCGAAAGGAGUUCGUCUUCUCCUUCAACGCUAUGGCAUCCUCGUCCAUGCACUCGGCCGGCGGCGGCUCCUACUACCACCAGCAGGUCACCUACCAAGACAUCAAGCCGUGCGUGAUGUGAGGCCGCGCGGCCCGCGGCACCCGCCCGGCCCGGGCCGGCCGGCGCAGGGACCUAGGAACCGAUCGCAAGAAACUGCUUUAUUCUCGAGGUAUAACCGUCAGCAGAAGAAAAGGGUUUGACUCCCUCCGCAACCGGAUUAUUUGUAAAGGAAACCUCAACGCAAAGACCCGGCGCUGCGGUGGGCACCUCCUCCCCACCCGCUCAAAAAUUAGGGGAAAAACUGGUGGUGGUGCGGGUCUGGUCCGACUGCAGCUGUGGGUAAAUAAAUACCUGGUUUUGAUCCUCUUGAGACCGGCUGAGAAGGUGCUGUGUUGGGGGAAAUCCCUCGAAAUCAAACCGAGAAUUCUGCUGAGGUCUCCCCCUUCCCCCUCCAGUGGCAAAACUGCGGGAGAAAUUUUAGAAGAAAGCAAACACGUGAGACCAGUCAUUAUCAAAUACCUUUAUUUUUUGGUUGAGUAUUUAUCUUUUAAUUUUUAAUUUUUUUUUGAAAGAAUGUCUCAGAAUGCGCAAGCUUGUCUCUCUUUAGAGCCGUUUCGGGGAGGAGAUCGCGAUCCAUUGCAGCCUCCCUCCCCACCUCCAAGGUCGCCUCCGUUCAACCACAGGUGGAUCUUUUUGCCAACAACUUCCAUUUCUGAAGCCACUGUUCCUCUUAAAGGAAAUAGAAGGAGCGGCUCUCGGGGCCUUCGUCAUCCCUUCCGCCUUCCUCUCCUUCCCUCUUUCCUGCAGUCUUGUUUUGCUUUGAAUUUCACUUUGUCUUUUUCCGUGGAUAUUUUCCUCUCCUCCCUCAGUAGCCCCGGCUGUCUCCCCAUCUCUGCUGUAAACUUUCUGGUCCGAGAAUGAGGCGAACGCAGUGUGAUGUGGGGGACUGGGAAGGCCCGGUGACUGUGUGGAUUCAGGAUUGCGGUGACGCAGAAAGGUUAAGGCACUUUUUAAAACUAUAGCAAGGCUCAUCCUGUUAUUUAUUCUACUUUCUUUCCCUAAUAAUCGAAACACCGCAUAGGCUCCUCUGUUUAUCAGUAUUAAUGGUGUAACUUUGUUGGCAAUAUUUGCCAUGUAGAAUUUUUUUUUUUAGAUAUCCAUUGUAAAUUUGAAAAAGUCCGAUUUGUGUAAAAACAAAUUUCCAUAUGUUUUAUAUAAAUAUAUAUAUUAUGAAGGACUACCCCCUUUUUUUAGUACUCUGGCUGCUGGUGUGCAGCGUUUGUGACACGUAUUUUAAAUUCCCUUAUGCACUGUAUAAAAUGAUCAUUUGAGGACGUUUUGCCUUUUGUGUAUUUUUUUCCUAAAAAAAGAACAAAAAUAAAAAUGUAUAACAUUUGUACAUGGUCUUUAAAAUUGUAUCAAGUAGAAAUAAAAGCACAGAGUCUUU